UCUUUAUCUCUUCAUUGAACCAACCAGACGGACACAGCUUGACUGCAAACUCGGACUGAUUAGACACCCAGAAAAUGGAUUCGGGUGAAAAGAUAACUUUGUAUUAUCCAGAUUUUAACUUUCUUGAAGAAAAUGACACCUACAACGAAUCGUAUUAUGAUGACGGUUCAUGCUGUGGGACGGUGUGUGGUCAGGAAGCCAGCAUGGCCUUUGAAGCCAUCUUCAUUCCCAUCCUGUACUCCUUGGCUGUGGUAAUUGGGCUCCUGGGUAACGGGUUGGUCCUGGUGGUCCUGUGGCAGAAGAAGAGGGCCUGGAGCGUGACAGACACUUUUGUUCUUCACUUGAGCGUGGCUGACAUCCUGCUGCUGUUGACCAUGCCCCUGUGGGCUGUGGAGGCUGCGAAUGAGUGGAUCUUCGGCACUGAGCUCUGCAAACUGACCGGAGCGCUCUUUCAGGUGAACUUCUACUGUGGCAUUUUCCUGCUGGCGUGCAUCAGCCUGGACCGCUACCUGUCCAUAGUCCAUGCCGUGCAGAUGUACUCUCGCAAGAAGCCCUGGCUGAUCCAGCUCAGCUGCAUGGCCGUCUGGUUCUUCUCCUUGCUCCUCUCCAUCCCUGACUGGGUCUACCUGGGUGCUACAGAGGACUCCAGACGGGGUAAAACUGAAUGUGUCCAUUGGUACCCCUCUGAUGGGUGGCGUUUAGCCUCCAGACUGCUCUACCACAUAGUGGGCUUUGUGAUUCCGGCCUUGGUGCUGGUCUUCUGCUACACCUGCAUCCUGCUGAAGCUGCAGAGUGGCUCUCAGAGCCUGCAGAAACAGCGGGCUAUGCGGGUCAUCCUGGCCUUGGUGGUGGCAUUCUUCGUAUGUUGGACACCGUACAACAUCACCCUCAUGGUGGACACCAUCCACACCAACAAAAGUAACCAAAGCAGCAACGUUUGUGACACCACCACAGCUCUGGAUAUCGCUAUAACUACCACUUCCACUCUUGGCUACCUGCACUGCUGCAUGAACCCAGUGCUCUAUGCGUUCGUUGGAGUGAAGUUCCGGCGCCACCUGCUGGACAUGGCCAGGCCUAUCAGCUCCAGGCUGAAGGGCAGAGUAAACACGGUCUCUCGCAAGACCUCAAUGUGGUCCGAGUCUGUGGACACCUCUCACACGUCAGCUUUCUGAGAGGAUGUAUUAUUUCCAUUUGUUGGAUUUUUUUAGAAGAGAAAUGCAAAAUGUUGGAUUUAGUUGAGCAGAUCUUCAUUACAAUUUUAUACAAACAUCAUGAAUAUACAGAAAGGUAAAAGUAAAAAAGUCACAUUUCCUGGAGACGCAGUCAGGUUAUAGGUUUCUUGGAUACUUUGUCAGGUCAAGUUGAAGUUCAGAGGUUCUUUGUUCUUGUUCAAAUGUUACAUUUCCUGGAGCUUUGCACCUUUGUAGAUGAACUUGCACUUGAACUUCUGUUGGUGUAUAGUAAGAUUUCAAAGCACUUACAGUGUAUAUGUAUAUGCUUUUGACUGUGAAAGCUUACUCAGGGAGGCAUAUUCAGGUUUAAAUGAUCUAAGCUUCAUUUCUCCGGAAAGCUCAGGGACAUAAAACACUGUGCAAAAGUCAGAGACGACCUAAUUUAUUUAAACAGCCUGGCUCAUUUUUCUGCAUCAGGGAAAAAGCAGAAAAUAUAUAUUUAACAGAAAAUUACACAGAAGUCUGAACAACUAAAUAUAAAGUGCUUCAGUGUCCACACUUUACUUUUAUUAUAGCUUCCAUUGUUUUC